AAACAGUUUUGUUUGGAACAGAUUCUGGUGUGUGGAUGCUGAGUUGACACGGUAUUUACAAAUGACAGUACUGUGAUCAAGGUAAAGUGGUUCAAAAGACAGAACAUUCAGUCACAUUUCUUUGUUAACGAGCAUAGGAUGAAUCUGUGCUGCAUUAUUUAAAAAUUUUAAUGUUGUAGAAUUUAGAUAACACGAUAGAUGUGAAUAGAAAUGUACCUGUGAGGUUUCUUGACAUUACAGACGCAAACGAAAAAGCAUUUCUGUACCUCGACCGAAAAAAACGUUCCGCCCGAACAGGGACUUGAACCCUGGACCCUCAGAUUAAAAGUCUGAUGCUCUACCGACUGAGCUAUCCGGGCUCUGAGCGACGCUGAAGAGAAGUGCGUCUAAAACACUAUUUUUAAUGUGAACCGCGUUACAUCUAUUCUGAACAGUAACCUCAUAACUCAUUACGAUCAUUGCAAAGAAGUAAUCUGCAUAAUAUUGUCUGGACAUAACAAGUGUUGUGCAAAAUCGGUGACCUCCUACACCACUAGAGAAAUCCGUGACUAGAGGUCGCUGUUCAUUAUGUCUGUGCGAGAACGCGCCUGUGAAAGCGGCGGGGAGUUUGAAGUUCUUUAAUGAGCGCUCCUGUGAAACUGGGUAACAGAUUUCUAUCUGGAUACUUUAGAUCGGUUGUGGAUCAUGUGUCUCACCUGGUUACCUGGUGUUCACAUCAGAGCAAUAUGCUUUCUAGGAUAUAAGGUUUUCCAUCAGUGUGAUAUGGGUAAGAAAGGUUAUUUGUCCAGAGAAGAUCUUAAGAUAGCAGUGGUCAUGCUUUUUGGAUACAAGCCAUCAAAGUCAGAGACAAAUAUCUUGAUGGAGAAUGGUGCUGCUGACUGUCCAGGGAUCCCACUGGAGCGGUUUGUGUCUCUCAUGGGGAGGAAGAUGUCAGCAGAAGAUCCAUAUGAGAAGACGAGGCAGAUCUUCAGUGCAUUUGAUGUACACUGUCGUGGCUUCUUGAAGCUGGAUGACUUCAAAAGCAUCUUCAAGCGAGUUACCCCUCGUCUGCCAGAGAGGACUGUGCUGGAGGCUUUCCGGUAUGCAGAUCAGGAUUCUGAUGGUCAUAUCAGCUUCAAGGACUUUGAAAAUGUCAUCAGCUAUGGCUUGGCGAACAUCUGCAGCUCCACAGGAGCCCAAAAUAAGAGUCUGGAAGCUGCUUCUGUAAAAAAUACAUAGAUCUAGAUCUCCCAUAAAACAACAUGUAUACACAACCCAGUGGCUUUUCAUUUAAAGCUUUGAUAGUCAGGUUUUCACACUGACUCUCCAAUAGAUAAUUGUAAGCAAUUAAGAGAACACCGUUUGGCCAUGUCUGUUGAAAAGGCAGAGUAACCUCAAAUGCUUGACACUUGGGUUUGAUGAUGAGUUUUGAUGUUGUAUCGAUCCAUUUGGACUGAGGCUGCAUCAUGUAAUAGAGAAGCACACAUUUCUAUUGUGCAGUUGCCUUACAAACUACAUUAAAUUUAACCCAGCCUCUCAGGGUCUACUUCACUAGAUGCGGGAACAAUAUUCCCAUCCCAGUCUUCUGAUUUUCUGUACUCUGUGUCUCUUAAAAUGAAUUCUUAAAAUGAAUUCUAAAAUGAAGUAAGGGGUCGGAUCUUUACAAUUCUCCUUCCUCGUUCAAUUUCCAUCUGCAAAAUAGGCAGGUUGCCUUAAAAUUGAAUAUUAACUAUCACAUUCAGAUUCUGUUUUUGCAGAACUCCCUGCUAGCGACAUAUAUUAAAAAGCCCAAGCGUACUCGUUCAGGGAGGAUUUUAUGCGACUCGUCUUGUUACAUGCGAUUAUGCAACUGUAAAUACUUGUUUGUGUUUCGAGAGAUUUGCUGCACUCCCAUCUGAAUAAAGAUUAAUUUGUUUUUGUAAUCA